CAGGCGUCUUUAUGAGGUCAAGGUCGUCAGGGAGUUACGGUACUUCCUAAUCCUGAGGAAUUUAUUCGUUUCUAGGAAAUGAAUCCUACUUUCCAUCUUUCUAAUGCUACAAACACAAUGACAAUACAUACAAUUCUCGACGCCUUUUUAUCGGUCUGAAUAUUCAGUUGUAUAAUUUUCUCAUGCAGAUACCUUGGAAAGACGAAAUAUGGCUUGUUUCUGUGAUGGUAUUCCACUUAAUCACACCAAUAUGUUUAAUUCCACUUCGCAGUUUCACAAGUUUGCUUCUGUGUGUUCUGUUUUUCUUGCUUGGUACUGUUUGGUGUUCAGAUUGGAUUAAUGAAGUCGCUGCUAAUCAUUGGAAGUAAUCGUUGUUUGAUUAUUGUUAAUUUGCUUAGCUCAUUUGCUACUGAGCAGUAUUUCGACAGUAGUGGGUACUUCCUGUCGUGCAUUUGGAGCAUACCAGCCAUUCUCAACAGUUUAAUAAUUACUGUUUUGCUUUUCCUACAGGUGAAUACUCUACUUGUACGAUGCAAGCGCCUUCAAAUGGCCCAUCAGCAACAUGUAAAGAAAGAUUAAUAUAUAUACGUAUAUAUUACAACUUUUUUAUUGGAAGUGAACUGGCUAUUUUUGGAUGAUGUUUUGAUACUUCUUAACGUAUGACAAUAGUUGUUUUCACUGUUAUUUUAAUAUAUUUUCUUAAAGUGUA